AUGCCAGAUCCACUAACAGCUAUUGGAUCUGCUUCGGCCAUCGUGCAGCUUAUCGGGUCCCUCUCUAGUGGGCUGCGGACUCUGCGAGAUGCCGUCGCAGCUAUCAAGGACGCGCCCAGGAUCGUCAAGCGGAUGGAGGUCAAGAUCGAGCACCUAGGGAGAUCCAUCAGACUUCUUGAACAAUAUUUCCAGCAGAGACCAUCCAAAAUACCUUUCGAGACAGAACUCUAUGAACUCAUUCAGGAGAUUGCACAAAGCUGCAUCUCACCAUUGACGAUAAUCUAUGAGAAACUCCCGAGCCGAUCAGCAAAGAACAUGAAUCAGGCUUUCACCCUCUGGCUCAAUGACAAUUCCAUUACCCAGGCGACGAAUCACAUCGAUGAGUAUAUACCGUACUUGAACCUCCUUGUUCAGACUCUCAAUCUGUUCAAAGCCGACCAGACCGAUGAGCUCCUGCGCGACAUAGCGGGCAAACUCAAGCAGACAGCAAGACAACGGCAGCCGAACCAAGAUGCUGCAUUGCACGAAGUUGAUCGCCAGGCCCUCGAGACAACAUUGAAGGUCAGAAAAUUUGCAAAUAGUGCUGCUACAUACGUCGUCCAGUCUCUCGAGUAUGAAUGGGAACAGAACAGAAAAGAUCUGGAAGGACUCAUGGGCUAUCAUCUGUUCGAGAGUGCUGAGAAGAUCCAACGAAGAGCAUUGUACAUCAAGGAGGAGCUAAGCAGUCAUCAUGCAGUUCCUUUCGAACAGGAGGAGCGAGACGAAAUGGAAGAACAACUGGCAGACAUUCUCAUCCAGUGCAAGACCGAAGGCUCAACCGAGCAAGCCCUGUCUCUUCUCGAGAAGAAGAUCAACCACGAGUAUUCCAGCGACGGAGCCGCACAAGACCUCAACCUGCUCGCCCUGCCAUCGUCUUCAGCGUCCCGCCAUCGGAGACUGAGCCUUCACUCUAAAUUAGGAAGGCUUUACAAGGAUACAUGCCAAAUGGACCGUGCUGAGGAACACUUGAGGAUAGCCUUCGAUGCCUACGCUAUUGAAGAUCCCCGAGACGUACCAAAGAUCCAAGAGGUCGGGGAGGAACUCUUGGAGCUGCAUGACUACCGGGUGGAAUUUGGUGACACAGAGCACCGGCCCGUUUUCAUAUCCCAACUUCAGGGGUUUAAGAAAGAGCUCGAAAGCGUGAUGGGAGGGCCUCUAGUACCCCGAAGGACCAGCUGUGACAAGGCCCUGGAAUGGUGUGAGAGCGAAGAUAUCGCUGUCUCGAAAGAGAAUGAAGACCCGCGGUUUGAUAUUCUGGAUGAAGAGGGCUCCUCUCCGUUACACCACGCCGCAGAGAGGUGUCACGAUGAAGCGGCCCUGCAACAGAUGAUGGAAAAUUCAUAUACCCUCGAAAGCCCAGACGACAACGGGGACACGCCUUUAUUAAUCGCGGCAGGUUGCUCAAACACCACAGCACUUUCUGUGCUUCUCCAGAAAGGGGCCAGCGUCAAAGCUCGGGACAGACAAUAUCAGACACCGCUUCAUAGGAGCCAGAAGCCAGCAGUAACAAAAUUUCUGUUACAGCAUCGGUUGCGGAGAGCAAGCACAAUGACAAUAGGCCUCGACGACGGGCGGAGGUUCUCCUCAUCCUCCUCUUCAACAUUCACCACGUCACCUCCAAAUUCGAUCCCAGACCAGGACCUCGAUAUCGACGCACAAGAUGCCCACAAGAAGACGGCCCUUUAUCUUGCUUGUUCACAAGGCAGAGACAAGAUUGUAAGACUGCUCCUCCAGGCUGGCGCAAACCCAAACAUACCUGCCCAUGACCACACCCCCCUAGCGGCGACCAUCGAGUCUCAGGCACGAUCAUAUAUCGAAUACCCCAAGAAAAAGGUCGAGAUUGUCGCAGCGCUGGUCAGCAGAGGCGCCGACCCCGAGGCCGAGAAGAAGUUGCUACGCAAACCGAGAGGCAUGCAGAGGGAGAUCCUGAAGGCGCUGGAGGGCCACUACGGGUCACAGUCCUUGCGGUCCAACAAGUCUGAGGACUGGUCCAUUGAUCCCCGUCGGGACAGCGGCUACCAGCUCUCUGUCUCAUCUAGUGCGACCAAGCCUCAGCUGGACCCGCCAGACUUUGGUCCUAAGUGGUCGCCGGAAUUUGACAAGUUAGAAAAGCCGGACAAGCCAGAUGAGUCAGACAAGUCAGAUGAGGCGGAUAAGUCGGACAAGUCAGACAAUUGA